AUGUCUGGCUUGUGUCAUCUGCACUACGUCCCUGAGAGUCAAGGCCUGACUCUCGAUAUUUGGUCCGCCUACAAGUCUGUCGCGGAGACGACUUUGUGUGAGUGGGCAUGCAUACUGCAGCUUGGCCUUUAUGCUGCAGUGAUCUGGUACCUGUACUCAAGUCUGAAGUAUCGGAACGAUUCUGUUCUGUUCCGAGGCCUCGACGAUGAAUACAUCCAACCUGAUCAACAUUUGAAACGGAAAUGUCAGUCAUGGAAACAGUCUAUACCCAGAUGGGGUUUGCGCCCCUCUGGAGUACUUUAUGCCCUCGUGGCACCACCGUCCAUGCCCAGAGUAGGGUGUCGCCCAUCUGGAGUACUUUUUGCCCAUGGAGAGGCAUAUGUCAAUGUACAUCAACCAAGAAGAAUGUAUGUGGAGUUGCCAUCAGUUGAAAAGCCGCGUAGGAAGAUCACUGUGGAACUGCCGUCAGCGUACCCGUGGUGGUGCGGCAUUCGUCGAUAUCGUUACCCGCGUCAGUACCAUCUGAGACUUCGUAUCGCGCGCGUCAAAGGAGAUCCUAGGAAAAUACUCCGGCGACAACGGAAGGAAGGGGUUCGAGAGCAGAAGCAGGAAAGGAAGCGCCAAGAGAGGCGCCGCAAGGAAGAUUAUGAGAGCCGACGUCCUGAACGGCGCCGAAAGGGUGCUGCACAGGGUCGAAAGAAAACAAGGUUUCGUUUACUGAAGAAGUUAGUUCGCGCCAAGAGCCCUAAGGAGCAAGAUGUUCUCCAGAGGGAGCUGAAGAGUCUCAAGGAAGAGGAUUUCUGGGGAGAUUACGACGUCAAGCAACCUAGUCACUGGGAAAGUCCAAGCGAUGAGGAGUUGUUAGAAGACUACGAGCGGACCAAGAACCGAUAUUUGCACCACUCUUACCUCCAGUACGAAUCGCAGUAUGGGGUUGUUCUCGACGAGCUUCUUGCGGAUUUUCGUCCUAAUACCAAGCAUCACGCAAUGAAGGAUGUCCUCAGUUCGACAUUCCUUCAACCCGUUUCAUCCCUGCCAAGAGUCACUCAAGCACUUAUUGCAGCAGACGACCUCGUGUCCGAUGUGUCCUGUGCUGAUCGACUUCGCAGCGUCUACAUCAAUGUUGAUUCCAAGGGCGAACUACCAAUCGUCAUCGAUACCGGAGCAUCUUUCUCUCUGACUCCGAAUCUAGAAGAUUUUGUCACCAAGCCGAUUGCUUGUGGGACAAAAAGUCUGAAUGGUUUGUCCUCCAUAACUCCUGUGCUGGGUAUUGGAGAGGUGGAAUGGAAGAUCAGAGAUAUGCAUGGGACCAUCAAGUCGAUUCGCGUCAGUGCUUACUACGUUCCAGACACCAACAUCAGAUUGCUCUCGCCGCAGUCCUACUUUCAAGAGCACGGCAAGGGUGAGGUCUGUUUCGAUAGUUUUCAAGUCAAGAUGACGUUGCCUGAUGGCGACACCCUGUUCUUUCCGUACCAAGCGGGCAACAACCUGCCCAUGAUGCUUACGGCGAAUCGUCUUGUAGACGAGGCUGCACAUAUUAUCACCGACGAAGAAGAAGAAUUUUUGCCGGAAGACAUGAGCGUUUUUCUGAACGUUGCUCAUGAAAACAAUGCGAAUCUUACCAAGGCUGAGAAGAAGUUGCUUCUCUGGCAUGCGAAGACAGGUCACGCGAAUAUGAACUGGCUUCUGAAACUCUGCAAGUGGACCAAGACGGAGGGACAUCCAGUGAUGGGACCUUUACCUGCCAAGAAAGACGAGUUCAAGUCUUGCAAAAGUCCCAAGUGUGCUGUCUGUCAACUUGCGAAACAGCGUCGCCGCAGUCCACGAUCCGAUGCUGCUCAACAACAACCUGGCUCGAAGACGGGCAAACAACGAAAAGAAAAGGAAAUGAUGGUCGAUAACCUCAAGCCAGGCGACAAGGUCUCGAUUGACCAAUAUCUCUCGGCUGUCCCUGGUCGACUUGCGCAUACUUUUGGCGAGGAGAAGACUUCCAAGCAAUAUGUUGGCGGGACCCUGUUCGUGGACCAUGCCACCGGUUUCGUCCACGCGAAACACCAGACUUCGACUGGCACGAGAGAGACAGUCAAGAGCAAACAUUCGUUUGAGAGUGAAGUUGGUGAAUACGGACACAAGGUCAAGUCUUACCGUGCUGACAACCACCCUUUCAGCUCGAAAGGAUUCUUGGAUGAUAUCGAGUCGCACAAGCAGACUAUUGAUUACUCUGCAGUCGGAGCUAAACAUCAGAAUGGAGUUGCCGAAAGAGCAAUCCAAACUAUCACCACCUGGGCUCGUGCCAUGCUUCUUCAUCAAAUGUUGCAUUGGCCAGACGAAGCCGAUCACAAGUUGUGGCCUUUUGCUAUGGAUCAUGCAGUCUAUUUGUGGAACCAUCUACCACGCGAAGAUACCAAGCAAGCGCCAAUCGAGCUCAUGGGAGGGGCUAAGAUCGACCAUCACCAAUGGUUCAAACGUCUCCAUGUCUGGGGAUCACCGGUGUAUGUGUUGGAUCCGAGAUUGCAGGACGGGAAGAAGAUUCCAAAAUGGGAUGUUCGGGCGCGGCGUGGCAUGUAUGUCGGCGUUUCCCCAACUCAUUCUUCACUUGUGAGCCGUGUCUUGAAUCUCCAGACAGGCUAUGUCAGUCCGCAGUAUCAUGUUGUGAUUGAUGACCUUUUCACGACAGUUCCAAAUGCCGAUCAAGGAGGUCUGUUUGAUGUUGCCGAGUUUGAUGCAACGACUUGGCAGAGUCUCGUGGAAACUGGUUACGAAAAGCAUUUGGACGAGGAGGGUUUGGCGAGUGGAAGUCGCCAUGAUCGCAGAAAACGUCCUACUUUGGCGAACGAAUGGCUCAAUCCCGUUGAGAAACGUGCUCGCAAGUCGCGCCGGGCGGCUUGCGAGGCGCAGGGAGGAAAUAUUGACGCUGAAGACAACCCCGCAUCUGCGCCGCCCAAUCCUCCAAGUCACGAUGAUUUGAACGACGACGAUUCCGAUGGAGAACCAGCGAUUCAUUCAGACGACGAGCAGUCUGUGGUUGAAGGUCAUGAGGCCAAAGAUGAAGAUCCAGGAGAGGAGUCGGAAUCAGAGGGAGCUGCUGCUCCAUCACUACCGACAUCACGUGUUCGCAAGAAAAACCCCAAGUACUUCGGGGAUGACUUUGCAAAUGUUGCCGAGCUAGGCAAGAAGAAGAUCCGACAUUCUGCCUUGGAUCGACAAUUCUUUGCUAAUUUGAAGUGGGCGGAGGCCAUCAACACUAUCAAGGGCGACAACUUUGGUCGAAUGUGGCGAGCCGCAUGUGAGCCGUACCACGACCACGACACGGGGCUCCAGGACGACCUGCAUCCCAUGAUUCUCGCUGCGAAAGCAAACAGUGAAGACAACCCAAACUGGAAUGAAGCAAUGAAUGGACCUCUACGACAAGGGUAUUGGAAGGCAGCGGAAGACGAAAUUGAGGCUCUCAAGAAGAAGGAGUCCUGGGAUGUCGUUGAUCGCACUGAAGGCAUGAAUGUUCUACCUUCCACGUGGGCGUUCAAGUGCAAAAGGUACCCGGACGGAAGUGUCCGAAAACUCAAGGCAAGAUUUUGUGUUCGUGGCGAUCGACAAAUCCAAGACGUCGACUUCCACGAAACAUGGGCACCUGUGGUCAACUGGAACACAGUGCGCCUCAUGCUGAUUCUUUCUCAAGUCCUUGGCCUCUCUACGAAGCAAGUUGAUUACACUACGGCGUUCCUACAUGCGCCAAUCGAGGAAGAAGUCUAUGUCGCGAUGCCUCGCGGGUUCUCGGAACCCAACAAGGUAUUGAAACUCAAACGAUGUCUCUAUGGAUUAAAACAAAGCCCCAGAAAUUUCUUUCAAUUCCUGCAGUCUAAUUUGGAGGACAUUGGAUUCGAGCCUCAAACCGAAGUCGAUCCAUGUCUUUUCAUCUCGAAAAACUGCAUCUGUCUUGUCUAUGUUGAUGACACUUUGUUCUUCUCACCUGAACAGAAGUAUAUCGAUGAAGCCAUCGCCAAGCUGAGAGAAAAAGGAAUGGAGCUAGAAGAAGAGGCGUCUGUUGCUGGUUUUCUGGGCGUACACAUCGAACGCAAUGAAGAAACUGGAGCUAUCACCUUGACUCAGAAAGGUCUGAUCAAGCGUAUUGUCGAUGCUCUUGGUGUCCAGAAGACAUCACCUACACCAGCUCACGUUGAUCCAUUGGCGAUCGAUGCGGAGGGAGAUCUACCUGAUGGUUUGUACAACUACGCCUCAGUUGUUGGAAUGCUCCUGUAUCUGUCUGGACACAGUCGUCCAGAUAUUUGUUUUGCAGUUUCUCAAGUCGCACGAUUCAUCCACGGGAAUCGACGCAGUCACGAAGUAGCGAUCGAACGAAUCGGACAGUAUUUGAAGGGCACGAUGGACAAAGGUUUGAUCCUUACUCCAAGAGAGGACUUUGAUAUUGACUGCUACGUCGAUGCUGACUUCGCGGGUCUAUGGAACGUCGAGGAACAUACGAAUCCUGAGUCUGUACGAAGCAGAGCAGGAUAUGCAAUCUGUAUCUGUGGCUGUCCGAUCAUUUGGAAGAGUCAAUUGAUGCGACCUAUUGCAGCUUCUACUAUGGAAGCGGAGUAUAAUGCUCUCGCUUUAUCUAUGAGGGACGUGCUACCCUUGCAGGAACUAUUCAAGACGAUUGGCCACGCUGUUGGAAUCGGCAAGGAGUUCUGCACUCAAUUCAGCACAACUAUUCAUGAAGACAACCAAGGUGCCCAGAAGUUGGCAUGUAUGGAACCAGGCCAUCAUACUCCAAGGUCGAAGAGUUUUUGGGUCCGGUCCCAUUGGUUUCGGCAGUACUUGAAGCCGACACGCACUAAAGUGGUCUACAUCAAAACCAACCUACAGAAGGCUGAUAUACUUACCAAAGGUCUUACCAAGGACAAGUUUCUUCGAUGCAGAAAGCUACUCUGCGGCUGGUAA